AUGUUGCAGACGGACUCUGACCUGAACCAGAAGCUGAACAGAAACAUUCCGCCUCCAGUUCCAGGGCUCCCAGUGGAGCUGCUGGUCCUGCUGGGAUUGGUGGACGCUCUGGUGUCGGUGUGCAUGUUGUCUCUGUGUCUGUGGCUCCUCUCCCAGAAGCCUUCAGGCUGGCUGGGCUGGACUCUCCUCCAGGAGGGAGUGUGUCUGUGUGGCCAGAAACAGAGAAUCACAGCUGAAGCUGGACAGGACUCAGUCACUCUGCCCUGUGAACAUGGAAAGGAGACAGAGAUCAUAGCUGUGGAGUGGAUCAGACCUGAUCUGGAUCCAGAUGCUGUUCUUUUGUACAGAGAUGGUCGUGUAGAGUCAGACGGCCAGCAUCCAUCCUUCAGGAACCGGGUGGAUCUGCAGGACAGACAGAUGAAGGAUGGAGAUGCGUCUCUGAUUCUGAAGAACAGCAGCUUGCAGCUCCAGACCCGUCUGCUGGCAGAACCUGGCUCAGACCUGCUGGGUGAGGCUUUGAGGUUCCCUCCUCCUAACAGAAGAGGAGGAGUCUUCUUCACGGGUCUUUUGAAGAUCCAGACGGCAGCAGAAACAGCAGCAAUAAACACGAUCCCCAAAACUGACGCCAGAACCGGAACCAGAACAGGAUGUCCCCCUCCUGCAGAUCCUCCCUCCUUGACUCCUGCUCCUCCCUCCUUGCCUCCUCCCUCCUCGCCUCCUCCCUCCUUGCCUCCUCCCUCCUUGCCUCUUCUCCCCUUGCCUCCUCCCUCCUGGGUCCCUGCAGGAGAGAAGCAGGGACCCAGGAGGGAGGAGGCAAGGAGAGAAGAGGCAAGGAGGGAGCUUCAUCUUCAUCUCUGGAUGCUGGUCCCAGCUCAACAUCUGGGACUCAGACAGCCGCCAGCAGCCCUGAACAUCCAGCUCACCCUGAAUGAGACCUCCAGGUCUGAGAACAUGGAGGCAGUCCAAUCGAGGAGGGAGGAGCCAAGGGGAGAGGAGGCGAGGAGACAAGGAGACGAGUCCUUUGGACUACAAAGUUCAACAGAGUUUUAA